ACAGAUAAUUUUAUGAAUUUGGUCUCCACUCAAGGAUGGAGAUAACAGCCGCAACUGAUGAAACAGGCGUCCCCGACGGAGGACAAAAACUAUGUUCUCAAAACUCUGCAAAUACAGAGAGUGAAAAUAACUACUCGUCCCAAUCGUCACCACACAUCACCAACAUCAACUGCCCCAUCGUUAGUAUAAAUAUCAACGAUAAAAAAAUUGAAGCCGGAAAGGGAAUUGACGAUUCUGGAAGUGUCGACACUGUGAUUCAGGAACACAUUUCCCCUGGUGAAAGAGAAGGACGUCCUUGUGAUGCAGGUGCUCAGAAAAGAAAGCAAACAAGCGGAUCCAAUGCCAGUUCUGAAAGACAAGAGACUUCUGGAAAAAACCGCAAAACUGACCCUACACCCUUGCUUGUAAAAGUCCUCAAGAAAUCUAAGGACAUUCAAACAAUGUUGUUGGAUAAGGAAACCUAUGAAUACUUCAACGUCGUUGGAGCAACAGAAGAUGGCUCGGUCAUAGUGAGGAUUUAUGUACCAAAGAAACUACAAUCAAUAUACAUUGGUAAGACCUACAAACUCCGUAGGCCCGAUAGAAAAAAGAAAUACUAUUCAGUCACCAAGGCUGAUGAUAUAACUGUCACAAAACAUAUCAGUGUGCCAGAGGAAAUAGAAGAGAAUGCACCUCAACUUCCAGAAGAUGCACGAUCUGGCGACGGUGUGUGUAAAACUUUAAAACAAGCUUUGCAAACGGAGGACCCUUCAAUCGUUGAAGGAAAGAUCGUUCAGGUAUCGCUUCUCAAACGCAGACUAGCAUUAAAGGAUCACGAAGGAACAGUUGCUAAGGUGACUCUCUUCGGUGACAAUGCUGAAGUGGAGUUCAUCACAAACCAAACUCUACAAAUCACUGCAGUUUAUGCAUCAAUCUACAACGGUCGGGAUCAGCUGAAAUCCACAACUGACACAAAAUGUCAGGUUAUUCCCGAUGCAUCUGAUAUAACAGUGACUGAGAGCGACAAGUUUGUUGAUGAUCCAGACUUCAAGUCGCUGGCAACAAUUGAGGUGGAACUGGAGGAAUUCCUCAUUGCUUCCAUAUACAACUGCUGUAAACAACAAAGGUGCAAAAAGAAGAAGCUUCUGGACUCCCAAUGUCCAACUUGCCAUGAGACGUACACUGAUGCUCAAAGACUGCAAGCAUGCUACGUGAAGUUCCGUUAUGAGGAUAAGGGUGUCGCAUCAAAGGCUACACUAUUCCAAACCGAACUGGAAUAUGUGAUGGGGACGAAAUGUGACAUGGAAUCUGAGGAGAAGUUAACUGAGCAAAUAAUUGCUCAUUUACCUCUUACAUUUUCAUGUACAAUUGAACAGGGGAUUUUUCGAAACAUAACGCUUUAGUUAGUGUCCAACGUGCUCUGGUUGUAGAAUACUGACUUCCCAAGGAUCCCUCCAUAUAUAGCUGUCAGGCUGUCCAUACGGAUGCCAAUAGAAAGUUGGAUUCUCUGAGGUUUGGUGCCGACGGAAGUUUUAUCAUUAAUUAGUGAUUGGACAUGUUUAUAAAUAGAACAUGUCUUUUAGACAAUUAUAGAUGAUAAAUAUAUCCUGUAUAAUGAUAUGAUUGUAGUUUGCCCUAUGGAGUACUUUGUGACAAUUCUCUCCAUUAAACUGUUCGUUUGUUAUCAGUUCUGCGUUCUGAAGAAAGUUAUGUAAAUACUAGUAUCUACCACAUGUAUAUGUAGCAUAAUGAAUACAUGUAUAUAUCGAACCAUUACCUCGCCGGGUAUUUGUGAAACCAUUUAUUAAUGUAUGUUGUUCACAAUCAGAAUAAUCAAUGAUAACAGGCAAUCCUCAUGUAACAUGAGUAACUGUGCUAAUGCAUAGUUAUGGAAAUGCGCUUAACAUGCUAAUUAGUAGAUGAAUAAGAGAGUGACUGCGUAAUCCCUGUUAACCAAAGCUGUCAACAGACUGUCCAUGGCAUAUCUGAGAGUACCAUGUUUUAUUCAUUACUAUUUUUCAAAAUAGACGGCAUUUGUGACACGGAUGAUUGUAGGUUGUACAUUUAGCUAUUUACUUGGAUAUCCGACUAUUUGUGUAUGAUUGUGUACAUUUAGUGAAUCAUAAAUGGCGUGACAAUCGACUCUGCUUUUGGCAGGUUUAUAAUGUAAUGAUUAUCUUAUGUAAUAAAAUAGUAUCUCCACGACU